AGUGGUAAAUCCGGCACUGAGUUUCUGGAAGGGAAAAUGGAAAAUGAUACAGAGAGGCUAACGUGCUCGCUCACGCUCUACCAUUAUCCAUCCAUCCUGCCGGCUUCCGCAUCCCCCGGCUCACAGCUCACAGCACCACACUCCAAUCCAAUCCCAACCACCCACACUCACACUCCACUCCAAUCCCAAUCACUCCAUGCUCCGGCUCCAUCGCUCCAUGCACACUUCUAGCACAUUGACACUCACGAGUCACGUUCCAGGAAUAUUAUUUCAUUAAAGUUUAAAUACGAUACUGGACAAGCUGAAGAAGAGACAGGGGUUUAACAACUUCUACUUGCCACUUCAGAAGUGUAGUGGUAGGACGUAAGUUAGAAGUCAGAAGCAAGGAUGUCACUAGGCCCUGGUUCCGCGGCUAAGGCCAGUGGAAUGGAAGUGGUUGUGGCAGAAGAUGAUCCAGAUUUUAUCACCUUUCUGUUUGAUCCUGAAGAGCAGUACAACUGCUACUUCGUAGUGGGAAACCCUGAAGUUGGAGACACGGAGAGGAUUGGAGUGGUGAAAAAGAUGCUUCUGGCUCACUCUGUGGUUUUCAGAGCAGAAUUGCAAAACUCAAAGAUAGCAGAAAAAAAUGAUGUUAAACUGCCUGAUGUCUUCCCCCAAACUUUUAAAAACUUAUUAAGAUUUGUCUAUGGCUACGAUAACACUCAAAACUUGAGCUUUGAUGAAGCAGACAACUUGUUAUACGUUGCAGACAAAUAUUUGAUGUCCAAGUUAAAAAAUAGACUUGGAAUCCGCCUGAUGUCUUUGUUGAACCUUACCAACAUCUGCAGCCUUAUGAAUAACCCCGCUUGUUACACCGUUCUCGAGCUAAACUCAAUGAUUAAUGAGAUACUCCAGACGGAAACAGACAAGGUUUUGGCUAGUCCUCAGUUUCCUGACUUGUCUCCCCUCGGCUUUUUGACAAUACUGCAACAGGAGAUGUGCAAUGUACCUGAAAUUGACCUCUGGACCUCUGCCAUUGAAUGGGCUAAGCAUAGAGUUUCAGGAGAGUCGAACAAUGGAGAAGUCUUAAGGGAUGAGUUAAAUGACCAUCUGAAACACAUUCGAAUCUGUACAUUGUCUGCCCAAGAUUUAUUGACUCAAGUGGUACCUACAAGAGUCCUGACGUAUGAUGAACUUCAGUUGAUCGGUGAAACUCAGAGAACUGAGAAAGUACAGCCUGACUUGACCACAAUCUGCAACAAGAUUGAAAAGCGGGAAGAACCAUUGUCAGAUCUGAUGGAACAACGAUUAAACCUAAACAAUGCACGUCGUAAAACUGCUAGUAAUUCAAAAAUAACUAUCAAUACUAAAGGAGUCGUAAUUAAGUUGUGUUCAAUAAAGCUUAAGAGCUCCAGUAGUCAACAACACCAGUGCAAUUGCACAGUAACAAUACAAAAGGGGACAGAACCCCCUACUGAGAUGAGGUACCAAGGACCAAUCUUAGGAGGAGCUUCAAACAAUACCAUUUCAAUUGAUGCCAUGAAGAACGUGCGUUUGUCUCCAAAUUCAAGCUAUUCAGUGAGCCUCUCAUUUUAUUGCGGGUACAGUCAUGAUCAUUACUGUGUGUCAAGUUCAGUAACCAGUGGGAUACAUUUUGACACUUCAAUUAAAAGUUAUUCUGGAUUCCGUGUUGCCUCCAUAGAUACAAUAUGUUAUAAAACAGGAAAGAACACUCCGAAGAGGACACAACUAGACAAUACUUUUGAGGCGCCUCCAAUAGUGUUUACUGCAGAAUAUGCAUCUGAAUAUGAAUCUGAUGAAUACAUUUACUGAAGAAAUGUGGUCAGAAAUAAUCUGAAGGAACUAUUUGAGUUCCUUGUGACCCUCUUACUUUUAUGGAGUGACAUUUUUAUUUAGUUUUUCACCAAUGUGACAAAACUAUACUUCCUGCAACAGAACAUAACUCUUUUUAUUUGUUUAUCUUGGUUAAUAGUAGCCUGUUUUGGUUGUUUCUUGAUCAAAAGAUAUGAGUAAAUUUUAAGACUUAAUUUAGCAAUUAUCUCAAACUAAUUAUCUCUUUCUGUCUGUUUUACACAAAAACAUUGUUGAAAUAUUUAUGUACCUCUAUUACUAUAAAUUCUUUUUUAUGGCACUAUAAAAUAUAUUUUGUUUACUGCAAAUUGUACUCUGUAGUGGAUAAGUAAAUGAGGAACUAGUAAGUCACAGCUCCCAACUGAUGUAAAUGUUAAAUACAUUUUGUUAAUUCAGCUAGUAAAACUAACUUGUAAAUUGCUGCAAGCACCUGUCAA